ACAAAAGUUCACUUAAAAAAAGGCAUACGUUGACAGUAAAUUUGAAAUGAUCUAAAUCUUGUUGUUUUUUAUGUAAACUUAACGCAUUCAGUAGUAAAUUAACAAUCGUUUACGUAAUAUUUUUCAAAAGAUAUAAAACGGUAGAUAAACGAACGCAUCAAAAAUACAUAAAUAGAUAAAGUACACUGCCAGUGAUGCACACACGUACACACAAAAAGUAUAGGAAAUGUAGAUAACAAAUUAUUUAUUUAUAAAUAGAAGUUUAAAUAGUGAGAAAACUGAUAAAAAGAUCCUAAAACCAAACAGUUCGUUUUAACCGAAAUUUGGAACAAUAUUACAAGUACAUUUAACCAUAGGAAAAAUUAAUACCAAAUGAGGUUAGGUCCGAUAGUGAAAUAGUCGAAAACAUGGAAAUUUGUCCCCUUUUACAAGAACCAGAGGAAUACUUACCAGACACCAUCGAUCUACGCAACAAUCCAAAAGAAAGGGAUUAUUGGUUACCUUGUUUGGAGAGAAUGGUUAGAAAAUUUGUUGACAAAGCUAGCAUUUUAAAUCCUCACAAACCACAAGCUAAAGAAGAAGCUGAACAUUGCUUUAGGAUAUUUCAGGAAAUGAUUAAAAGACUAAACAAUAAUCCAGAAAUAAUGAAUCCAUUAAGUAUUCGAACAUUAUUAGAAUUUAAUGAAAAAACUUUAAGAAGCAAUAAUUUUACGGACGCUUGGUUGGUACAAAAGCAAAAAGAAACGAAAACUGCAUUCAGGGAAUUCUCCUCGAGGUUAAAAUACAUUGAUAAUAUAGAUACAUUUGGAGUAAGAUGGUUGGAAUUGGUAAAAGGUUUACUCGCAGGAAAUAUGUUCGAUUGGGGCGCAAAAGCGGUUACAGAUUUAUUAGAAACAACUGGAAGUUUUGGGUUAGGUGACGCAAUGAAUACAAUUCAAAAACGUCCUUGGUUUAUAGAUGAUUUGGAUGAGUGGAUUGAGACAUUACAGAAAAAGUCAUACAAAAAAGUGGUGAUAUUUGUAGAUAACGCUGGAGUAGAUUUUGUAUUAGGUGUAAUUCCUUUAGCGAGGGAGUUUAUUAAACGUGAUACCGAUGUGAUAUUGUCAGCUAACACAUUUCCUGCUCUUAACGAUAUCACCAUCAAGGAAUUAAACUGUUGUCUACAAGAAGCUAGUCUUCAUUGUCCUGUUAUUAAAAAUGCAGUUGACAGCAAAAAAUUACAGGGUAUUGAAAACGGACAAGGCGGACCUUGUUUAGAUCUUAGUAAACUAAAUUCAGGUCUAUGUGAUAAAAUGAAAAAUGUUGAUCUGGUUAUGUUAGAGGGAAUGGGUCGGGCUGUGCACACAAACCUAAAAGCGAAAUUUAACAUUGACAGUGUUAAAUUAGCCGUUUUAAAGAACGAAUGGCUCGCCCAAAGCUUGGGGGCCCAACAAUUUUCCAUUAUUUUUGAAUUCAAGCCGGCACCUACGUUUUAAUGUACCUGAACUGUUAAACUGAGUGUUUGCUUUAAAUUAUUUCGAUAUGUGCAUAUAUAAUUUUAAUGUUCUAUUUUGCAAUAAUAUAUUAUAAUUUAA